UACACAACCCUUUGGAGAAUCUCGCCGGCCCGGUUCCAUGCCGCUGCCGGACGAACAGUCUCUUCUUCCUAUCAAGAUCGUCUCUGAUGCGCAUGCGGCACUCUUUGCAUGUCACUUGCAGUGAUGAGGGAGAACCUCGUCGUCUAGACCUUCCGGCAGAUCCGCUCAAGAUCGUGGCUGGCCCUAGUUUCUCGAUCACUAGCCCGUUCACUCACACAGGCGCGCGCAUGUACCAUUUUGUACUGCACAUGGUUAUCACCUCGCGUGAAAGUACAAUGCAUUCGAUGACGCGCUUCCCAACUGCCAUCUCAUCAUGACGAUGGCUCGUGUCCUCUGCUUAUUGAUGCACCGACGACCCUUCGGGUACCUGACGCGAUUGAAACAACUGUGUCAUAUAUAAUAUGUAUUCCUCGUGGUAGGUUGCGCU